UGAGCCGCUUCCUAUUAUGGACAGUGUAAAGCUUGGACUGAAGCUGUUUGCCGUGGGCUGUUUCUUGUCCAUGUGCCUGGCUGUUGACUGUAACUGGAAGACUCAUUAUGAAUAUAAUGGGAAAUGUUGUCUGGCAUGUCCUGCAGGCAAAUAUCAUAAAGAACCCUGUAGCAGUCAUUGUGAGGAGUGCACAAAAAACGCUAGUAACACCAGGUGUGCCUGCAGUGACAACCCCUUGUGUAGUGACGAUCAUUGUUCUGAAUGCGGACCCAGACUGCGGUGCAAACGUGGAGAAGAACUCAGGAGAAUAGGUGCCUUUUCUUUCACAUAUGUUUGUAAACCAUGCCCAGACAACAUGUACAGCGAUGCUGAGGACAGCAUGUGUGAACCCAUAGUAAACUGCAGAAAACUCGGUUUGGGUGAGCUCUUCCCUGGAAACAGGACGCACAACGCAAGAUGUGGUUGGCAAGAUUCGGAUCAGCUGACUCAUAAGGUCAUAGUGGUGUGCUUAGCCAUCAACGGUCUGAUCUGCCUGGCGCUGCUAAUUAAUGCCUGCAUUCGAAGGUCUACAGACAGGAGAAAGAAGUACAGACGCCGAUCAACCGCACGCACACUGGUCGUGCCCUCUGAAGAAUGCACGUGUAAACUCUCCAAGGAGGAAAUGGGGGAUGAGUGUGACAGUGAUGUCUCUGACAUUUCCACUUCAAAACCUGAAGUCUGAAGUGAUUUUCCCUAGAAUCUAUCUCGGAUUACAGCUAUGGCCAGCAGCCCCACUGAAGGGUCGAUUCUGGAGAACUCGCUGUUCAUUGCACAGAAACGGACGGUUUACUUUGGAGGACUUUCAAUCUUGUGCCUGUACCAUUUCACAUGGUGAGAGUUGUGGAGACUUCUUCUUAAAGAUUUGUUACGUGUUUCUUCGGGUUGGUAGGUUGUAGCAAAAAAAACUGAUAUACGACUUUACCCUUAAUCCAGAACACAGUAAAUCAGUCAGGAGAUGUUUGGUGUCUGACGUUUGCUUCUUUAAGUUUUGCACUGGAGUUACAAAGCUAAUGCAGCUAAUUGCAAUUAAGUAAUGGACAUUUAUACCCAACCAAUUAGCACUGUGCAAACUGCCCGCCUAAAUCAUCCAGCACUUGCCUUGAGAUGUUAAAGGGACACUUUGGCCCAAAUGAAAAAUUGAAGCAUCGCUACAUCUUUUGUAAACAAGUUAACUCGCCUCUUACAGCAAUGCCUCAGUAGCCUCUGAAGUGAGAUUUCUUGGUUUAAAGUCUAGGAAACCCCUCUUCUGAUGAGGUAUCUUGAAGGGGAAAGUAAAUUUUAAAAGACUACCGCUGCAUUUAGGUGGAUUUGAGGUCUUUUUCUGCUAGUGCGUUAAUUUUGUAACUGAAUUAUCAUUAUUUAACAAAGAAAAAAGUUGACCAGUUGAGGAUAGUGCUAUAUCAGUGAUGCUGGCAAGAAACACAGAAGUAUUUCUUAUAAUCUUUAUCAAUAAUUCAGGAUUUAUUGACACCACAAGGAUUCCCAAUGACUGUGUGGUGUAUUUGCAUAAUGCAUGCUGGUUAUUGUAAUUAGAGAAUGAAAACACGAAA